AUGUUUCAGGAAGUAUUCAGCAUGUCAAUAGAUCUGAAACAACAUCUCGAUGUCAUCGAUUAUUUUGGAGCUUUGGUUGUUUGGAUUAUCUUCUUCUCUUUCGUAUUCAUCGUCUCAGUCACUGUUAUUAAUUGGUGUUGCAUAGCAAAAUACGACGACGUGACAGUGUUAGAAGAGGUGAGUAUCUACUCAGAUCCGUAG